AUGGCGAUGAUCGCUUCUCCCGCCACCCACGCGUUCCUCCGUUCCCCUCAGAAGAGCUUUGGGAGCGAGGGCACAGCAGGGGAUAUAGGAGAGGAUGUAUGGGGCGAAUUGAGGCGUGUUCUAGUGGAUGUCGGAACGACCCUAUCGGCGGAGGAUGAGCUGGACAAUCUCGCAGCGGCAGAAGCAGCGGUCAUUGCCAGAGACACCGAGCGGGCAUCCAUAGUAUCCAAGCUGGAAGCGGAGUAUCGACAAUUACAGAAACAACACUCAGCCGCCGCCUCGUCCGCUCUCCGGCCCUCUACAGUCCCCUCCCCUUCAGAACACAACGAUCAAAUGCGUCAUCUGGAGGGACAGCAUUACUCGACCGUCAAGGCUCUGACGGAGGAACAGGCCACAUUAGGGAAGAAGGAAGUGGAGCUGGGGAGAUGUAAAAGCGAGAGGGAGGAAGUUGGGGGUUGGAAAGUGGGCGAAGAGGAGGGGUAUGAGAGUGAUGUAUUGCGCUUGAAGCUCUUGAAUGAUAUAGGAUUCCGACUACUCCCGCGGACCGAUAACGCCCCCGUCAAGGUCCUCAUUCGGAACGACGCGAAAGAGGACGUACACACCACGACGCUAGACAAGACACGGUCGAAAGCGCAAUGGGCUAAUUUGGUGUGGAACCUGGCGAGCGAGUAG